AUGACCAUCACCACCCGCGAUCGGUGGGGAAAUAAGCAACAGCAGCUGCUGCCAUGCAAGGACCCUACAUGCUCCUGCGGCAAGGCAAAGAGCUCCGCCGUCGCCCCCACCCCCCCGCUGCUCACCUGCGCACUCGUCUCCCGCCGCUGGCUGCGCCUCUCCGCGCUUCUCCCCCGCGCCAUCACUGUCCGCGGCGCAGGGGAAGGGGUAACGCAUCUCCCCGGAAAAUACCUAGGGCAGCUGACGUGUCUGCAGGAGCUGAUUUUGAGGGAUUGCUUGGCGCUGCGGCAGCUUCCUGCGUCGCUAGCGCUGUUGCCGUCGCUGCAGCGGAUUCGCGUGGAGGGAUGCUAUUCCGUGAUGCUUGAUGCUUGGACAGUCAAACCCAGGGAUGAAUCGGCAGCUGUGCCUUCCAAGAGAGAGGGUGGGAAGAAGAGAGAGGAGGGGGGAGGGCGACGGGAUGACAUGGAACGUGAGCAUGGUGGGGACGUGGUUGAUGUGGUGGGGUCGGGGGGUGCACGUGAUGGGGAGGAUGUGGAGGCGAGCUACGAUGGGCAGCAGCAACUGCCUCUGCCGCCUCAGUGGCGAAGGCGACAGCGGCGGCAACGGAAGAAGCUCCACCACAGCCAAGAGAAGGCUCGGCAGCAGCAGCAGCAGCAGCAGCAGGCGUCACAGGUUGUUCGUCAGAGUAAUCUUCAGAGUAAUCAGGGUGGUGUCGCCGCUCUCACUGCAGCAGCACAGCCACGCCAGCCCCUCUUCUUUUCCAAGCUGCAACAUCUCGAGCUUGCUGACGUGUCAGCACUGCAUCACCUGCCACGUGGCAUUCUCCAGCACCACUCGCUCAAGCACCUCGUGCUGGACGGCUACUCAGGCGCCUCCCUUUCUGCUGCUUGCAGCAUAAACUCGAAGUCAACCGAGUCAACCAAGUCAAUGCUUGAAUCCCCCAUCCACAUGCCCAGCCUGCGUCAUCUGGAACUUCGCAACCUUCCAAAACUUUCUCAGCUGCCCGAAUGCCUUUCGCUGUCCGCCGCCUGCCCGUCCCUCACCAUCCUCUCCAUCCAGGGCUGCCCACGCUUCUCUUCACUCCCCACUCCUCCUCCCAGCCUGCACACCUUAAAGCUCUGCAAUCUUCCCAACCUGACAUCCAUCUGCCAUCCACUGCACACCCACUGCCCAUUGCUCUCUGUACUCGUUAUAGACCAAUGCGCCAGCCUCCAUACUGUGCCGACCUUCCUUCGCUGCACGAGCUACCGCCCUCCUUCUCCUGCCUCUCCUCCCUGCACCGUUUGGUCAUCGCCCGCUGCCAUGGGCUCAACUCACUCCCUGAUUGCCUGCCAGAGCCCCCUUGCUGCGCGAUCUUGCCCUCGUGAUGAACCGCAACCUCAUCGUCCCGAAAGGUUUCCUGUCGCAGCUGCACUAGAUGACUUUGGCAGCGACGUGUUUCGGCUGCAUGAGCUGGAGAGACUAGAGGUGAGUGCGGGGAACCUCGCAAAAUUCAGUAUCCGCGAGAUUAGGGUUUUGGAGGAGCUGGUGAAGGGUAGCGGGGAAGGUGGGAGAAGGGAUGCAGAGGAAGGGGAGGGGAGUGACGGUUCUGAUGUGAAGUGUUGCGAGGGUGGGAGACGCAUGGCAGCAAGCGAGAAGCAUGGCAGCAAACAUUUCCUGCCCUGCUUGCAACGGCUGUCCCUUGCUAACUGCGAGGUUGGCCCUCGCUUCCCUCCCUGGGUGCGCCACCUCACGUCCUUGCAGCACCUCUCGCUCACCCACAUCCACCGACAUAGACUGGGUGGGCAAGACGUCCUUGGUGCAUCUCUUUCUCAACGGCCACCCUACAGCACAGCCUCCACGUACAGUCGGCUGCACUGUGGGCGUCAAGGUGAGACGGCUAGCAGUGAAGGGCGUGAAGGUGAGACGGUGGAGAGUGAAGGGCGUAUAGACCCAAGCAGCAGCAGCGUCAGCAGUGGGGUGGCAGCGGUGGGCAGUGGUGGUGGUGGUGGAGGCGAGGAGGGGCGGCGGGGGUUCUUUGUGGAGGUGUGGGACGUGUCAGGCAGCGAGCAGUACAAGUCGUCUCGCUCGCUCUUCUACGACCAGAUAAAUGGCGUCAUAUUCGUGCAUGACCUAUCCCGCAAGAAGUCGAGAGUCGCAGCGUUGCAGUGGAUGGACGAGCUGGUCCGCAGCGGCACCUUCUCCGCGCCCUCCCACGGGCACCGCGAGGGCCAACUGCCAGUCCCCCUCCUCGUGAUUGGCAACAAGGACGACCUCCGAGACAAGGACCCCGUGCUGCAGGGGAGGGUGAAGCUGCUGCGCGCUGCUAGGAGCAGCCGGACGUUGGAGUAUGCGAUGAAGCAUGCCAAGACCGUUGUGGAGCGGUACGGGCUGAGGUCGUUUGGAAGGCGGAAGCGGGGCGAGCUGCCCGAGUAUAUCCGGAAUCCCAGAGGCGCCGGGCUGAUUGCGUGUGCGAAGCAGGGCCGCCUGGACCUGGCAGCAGUGGACGCCUUCUUCCUGCAGCUCAUCAAGCGGCGCUAUUUCACAGAGCAGCUCACAGCACUACCCUCGCCUUCCCGCUCCUGGAGCCAACCAUUCCUCUAUGUAGAGGGCAUGGAGGGUAUGGAGGGAGAGUUGAACGCGGAUGCGCUGCUGCUGCCCUCCUCGUCUGCCCGCACUGGCGGGGAGCAGCAGGGGUCGCGUGGGAGAGGAGAAGGGGCUGUGGCGGGGCUGUAUUGCUUCAACAGCCUGCGAGGCUAUAAUACCAGGUGGGUAGGGCUCUUGAGGUGCUGA